GAGCUGCCGCCUCGUCCCCUCUCUCCUCCUCCUCCCUCUGACAGGCGAGCGAGCGGCUCGGUGCAGGCAGGAGACGUGCCGCCGGGUUGGGCUGCCCGGGAGAGAUGACUUCUGGCCGGGAGGGCGCCUCUGGAAAGAAGACCACGGGGGAAGCAAAGUUUCAGGGCAGCUGAGGAGCCUUCGCCGCAGCCCUUCCAAGCCCUCUCACCUCCCUGGCUAUGGAGGGCGGACUCUAAGAUGAAUCCCGAUCUGGACACCGGCCACAACACAUCAGCACCUGCCCACUGGGGAGAGUUGAAAAAUGCCAACUUCACUGGCCCCAACCAGACCUCGAGCAAUUCCACACUGCCCCAGCUGGACAUCACCAGGGCCAUCUCCGUGGGCCUGGUGCUGGGCGCCUUCAUCCUCUUUGCCAUCGUGGGCAACAUCCUCGUCAUCUUGUCUGUGGCCUGCAACCGUCACCUGCGGACGCCCACCAACUACUUCAUCGUCAACCUGGCCAUUGCCGACCUGCUGCUGAGCCUCACUGUGCUGCCCUUCUCGGCUGCCCUGGAGGUGCUCGGCUACUGGGUGCUGGGGCGGAUCUUCUGCGACAUCUGGGCCGCCGUGGACGUCCUGUGCUGCACAGCUUCCAUUCUGAGCCUGUGCGCCAUCUCCAUCGAUCGCUACAUCGGGGUGCGCUACUCUCUGCAGUACCCCGCGCUGGUUACCCGGAGGAAGGCCAUCUUGGCGCUCCUCAGUGUCUGGGUCUUGUCCACUGUUAUCUCCAUCGGGCCUCUCCUUGGGUGGAAGGAGCCGGCACCCAACGAUGACAAGGAAUGCGGGGUCACCGAAGAACCCUUCUACGCCCUCUUCUCCUCCCUGGGCUCCUUCUACAUCCCUCUGGCGGUCAUUCUGGUCAUGUACUGCCGUGUCUACAUCGUUGCCAAGAGGACCACCAAGAACCUGGAGGCAGGAGUCAUGAAGGAGAUGUCCAACUCCAAGGAGCUGACCCUGAGGAUCCACUCCAAGAACUUUCACGAGGACGCCCUAAGCAGUACCAAGGCCAAGGGCCACAACCCCAGGAGUUCCAUAGCUGUCAAACUUUUUAAGUUCUCCAGGGAAAAGAAAGCAGCCAAGACCUUGGGCAUAGUGGUCGGUAUGUUCAUCUUGUGUUGGCUACCCUUCUUCAUCGCUCUACCACUUGGCUCCCUGUUCUCAACCCUGAAGCCCCCCGACGCCGUGUUCAAGGUGGUGUUCUGGCUGGGCUACUUCAACAGCUGCCUCAACCCCAUCAUCUACCCGUGCUCCAGCAAGGAGUUCAAGCGCGCCUUCGUGCGCAUCCUCGGGUGCCAGUGCCGCGGCCGGCGCCGCCGCCGCCGGCGCCGCCUGGGCGGCUGCGCCUACACCUACCGGCCGUGGACGCGCGGCGGCUCGCUGGAGCGCUCGCAGUCGCGCAAGGACUCGCUGGACGACAGCGGCAGCUGUCUGAGCGGCAGCCAGCGGACCCUGCCCUCGGCCUCGCCGAGCCCCGGCUACCUGGGCCGCGGCGCGCCGCCGCCCGUCGAGCUGUGCGCCUUCCCGGAGUGGAAGGCGCCCGGCGCCCUCCUGAGCCUGCCCGCGCCCGAGCCCCCGGGCCACCGCGGCCGCCGCGACUCGGGCCCGCUCUUCACCUUCAAGCUCCUGGCCGAGCCCGAGAGCCCCGGGACGGACGGGGGCUGCGAGGCCGCGGCCGACGUGGCCAACGGGCAGCCGGGCUUCAAAACCAACAUGCCCCUGGCGCCCGGGCACUUUUAG